AUGCAUACAUUUUCAAGAGAAAUAUCAAAAAGAGAGCUUUUACGACGUGCUCAUGAUUUUCGACAUUUAGGCAUUAUGUGUAACAAUUGUGAAGAAGAAGAUUUCUAUGGAAUACGAUAUCAUUGUAAAGAAUGUACAUUCGGUUAUAAUUUAUGUGAAAAAUGCAUUGAUAAAAUACAUGAACAUCACACAUUUGAAAUCAUUCCAAAUCCAUGUUUACGUGCUCUUAAUCUUGGUAUACUUGCCAAACGAACUUUAGAUGUAAUUGCAAGAAAUACUAAUAUUCAUGAUCACAAAUGGCGUGAUCCAAUUACUGGAUGGACAAAAAUUGAUGCUGAAAAUAUGGUUAAACAAACUCAAAAAGAACAAGACGAGUAUAAUACACAAUUACAAAAGGUUGAAAAUCGUAAAAAAGCCGAAGAGAAGCAAAGAUUGGAAGAGCAACGAGAGUUAGAUCUGAUGGAGAGAGAUAAUCAAAACUUCAUACUUUCAUUGAUGAGCGACAAUGUCCUCUAUCUUCCACGAUAUUGAAGAAAAAAGUCUGACAUUUCUCAAGUGAACACAUGAAUUCAUUAUAUUUUAAUCAGUUUAUUUAAUCAAGCUUUUUCUGCUCGACGGCUAUUUUUCAAUAUUAUUUUCUUUUAGAUAUUUCUUAUUAUUCCUGGAUCGAAAAUAUUAAAAUAAUCUAUCAGUCAAAGUAAUCACUAUUUAUUUUUUGUAAAAUAUAAUAAAAGCAAAUAAAAACAUCUAAUAAACGGUUCUUCAAAUGGAUUAACCCUUUUGCGAACGUUGUCAAAUAUGAUAAAGGAUAUUUAGUUCUCUCCAUUUUAGAUGUUUCUAUGCUUAUCACAUUUGUAACCAAUGAUUUUCAAAAUUCUGCCUAAUGAAAUCGGAUUAAGAAAAGAUGGAUUUUUCAAGAUGAUUUCGAAAUUUUGUUUUCGAAGUGCCUUGCUUUCUUCUCCGUAUAAUAAUACACUGUAAAAAAAAAGGAGUUCUACCAAACUUUGAAGGUUUCGCAAUGGUUUUCGAAACCAUUUUAAGUUCCGUGGGAUGAAAAAGGUUUCGUAAUCUUCAUACUGAACCAUUUUAAGUUCCGAAAACCGACGAAGGUUCCGAAGUUUCACGACGAAACCUUCCUAGAGUUUCGUGCACUGUGUACUGAACUUUCGGAGGUUUCGUAUGUUUCGUACGAAACCGUUGAUAGUUUUGUAGAGCAUAUAAAGGUUCCGUAGUAGUUCUAUGUAACCUUUCAUAGUUUCAUAAGUGCUCUUAUGGUUCCGAAGAUGUUGCACGAAACCAGCCGUGGUUUCGUAAAAGAUAUACCGAACCAUUACAUCAUUUACAAAGCUACGAAUAGUUUCGUACAAUUUAUACUGAACCUUUUGAUGUUUUACGAAACCUCUGAUAGUUUCGUGGAGCAGACAAAGGUUCCGUAUAUCUUAUACGGAUCUAUCAAAAGUUUCGUAAAACAUGAGAAGGUGUGGGUGUGGAUGUGGGUGGGUGUGGGUGUGGGUGUGGGUGUGGGGUGUGGGUGUGGGUGUGG